GCACCGGCUUAAGAGGCGAGGAGCGCCGGGCGGCCCCCGCAGUGCCGGCGCGAUGGAGCAGCGCUACAGCAAAGCCGAGACCCUCACCCUGCGGAGGAAGCACAUCGGGCCUUCCUGCAAAGUAUUUUUUGCCAAGGACCCUCUGAAGAUAGUUUGUGCUCAGGGCCAAUAUAUGUUUGAUGAGAAAGGAGAAAAAUAUUUGGAUUGUAUCAACAACGUUGCACACGUUGGCCACAGUCAUCCAUACGUGAUAAAGGCUGCAACAAAACAGAUGGAACUACUCAAUACAAAUUCCCGGUUCCUGCAUGACAACCUUGUUCAGUAUGCACAGCGUCUUACAGCCACCCUGCCAGAGAAACUCUCUGUUUGCUAUCUUGUUAACUCUGGGUCUGAAGCAAAUGAUCUUGCUUUACGACUGGCUCGGCAGUACCAUGGACACCAAGAUGUGAUCACUCUUGAAAAUGCUUACCAUGGCCAUGUUACAUCUCUGAUUGACAUCAGUCCCUAUAAAUUUAAUCAGCUGGGAAAGGACAGCAAGAAGGAGUUUGUGCAUGUGGCUCCUUCUCCAGAUAUCUACAGAGGGAAAUACAGGGAAGACCACCCAGAUCCAGCAAGUGCUUAUGCUGAAGAGGUGAAAAAGAUUAUUGAAGAAACACAGAAGAAUGGACGCAAGAUUGCUGCCUUCAUCGCAGAAUCCAUGCAGAGCUGUGGAGGCCAAGUAAUUCCACCUGUGGGCUAUUUCCAGAAAGUGGCAGAGUAUGUGCGAGCAGCAGGUGGAGUGUUCAUAGCCGAUGAGGUCCAGGUUGGCUUUGGCAGAGUUGGGAAGCAUUUUUGGGCAUUUCAGCUGCAAGGCAAAGACUUUGUGCCUGACAUUGUCACCAUGGGAAAGCCCAUUGGUAAUGGCCAUCCUAUGUCUUGUGUGGUCACGACAAGGGAAAUAGCUGAAAGUUUUGGUGCGUCUGGACUGGAGUAUUUCAAUACAUUUGGAGGCAAUCCAGUUUCUUGUGCUGUUGGUUUGGCUGUGCUGGACGUAAUAGAAAAAGAAGAUCUCCAAGGAAAUGCCACACGCGUAGGAAAUUAUCUCAUGGAAUUGCUGGCUGAGCAAAAGGAGAAACAUCCUUUAGUGGGAGAUGUCAGGGGUGUUGGACUGUUUGUUGGAGUGGAUCUGGUGAAAGAUCAACAAAAGCGAACACCAGCGACAGCUGAAGCCCUUCACCUUAUUUACAAGCUGAAAGAGCAUAAAAUCCUCCUUAGUGCAGAUGGACCCCACAGAAAUAUACUAAAAUUUAAACCACCGAUGUGUUUCACAGUGGAAGAUGCAAAACACGUAGUGGAGACAAUUGACGCACUGCUCACAGAAAUGGAAGAAGCAACUGGAAUGAAGACAGAAAAUGAUGCAUCUACAAUUGCACAGUGUAAAAUAAAAACAACUGAAGGGAUUUCGCAGCUGGAAGGUGCAAAUGGAAGCAUUGGCCAUGUGAAUGGAGCUGCCUGAAGACAAGAGAAUGGGCUUUCUUCUAAAAAGCGCUCAGUGCCAAGUAAAGGAAUAAGAACAUGAAGAGGGAAAAUUUCUCCAUUCAGUUUGAAUUUGUGUCUGCCUUGCUUUUGAGAUGAAGAAUAUAACAGUCAGACUACUGUGAUCUGUUUGAAGCCUAGUUCUACCUUUCCUAAAGUGGCUGAAUUCCUAUUAGGUUCAGUAGGGGUUUAAAAUAGCUAUUCAGAUACAUGAGAACUGCACCAUAUGGCCUGAAAUCUGGAUGUGACAGAACAGUCAAGUGAUGAACAAAUACCUUGGUGCUGAUGGCAGGCUUGACAUAGGUACACAAUUUCAGUGAAAUCUGUGGAUUUAGCUGUAUUGCACGGAAUGUGAAUUGCUUAACCACCAUAUAAGUAAAUGCCAAUCCUAAAAUGACGUGCUUAACAUGCUAUUUUUACUAUGUUUUAAAUUUCAAUAUGUAAUAUUGAGAUGUUAAUUACUUCCCAUGUUUUAAUGGCUGAAUUCACAAAACAAUGCUUGAGAGAGAAAUUAUCUUCCGGGGUAACUUAGGUCCUAUGGACCAUAUUCCCAACUGAUGUAAAUUAAUGUAGCUUUGUUAAUGUCAACAAUGCUCAAACAAGAGUCUACCACUGUGUGUGUAGAGACACAAUGUUUAUGCAGGGCAUUCUCACUUUAUAUUCGAAGAAAAUGAAGAAUCUAGAUCCUAAUUUUCUAUGGGUAAAGCAGCUUUUUAAGAUGACUAUUUAUAUAGAGUAAUAUUUUAUGAUUUUUUUUCCCAAAAGCUUAUCUAUUUGAACCCUCUCAGUCCAAAAAUAUGCAAGCAAAAUAUGUCUCAUUUCAGGCACACUGAUUGAUUGAAUUUAACCUGAAGAUCUCUGAAAAUGAGGUUCCCAGGGACAGCCCAGCUUGCAUUCCCAUGGAUUGUAGUUGUUUUGACAGUCAUUGUAAUUACUGCCUGAUCCUGUUGUAGCUGUGCUGUUACUUUUUGUUGGUGAUGAUGAAGAGUCACAUACCAGUUGCAUGGAAUCCUGACACAUAAACCGCUCUGCUCACAGUUGAUAGAUUACUAAAAUGAGAGGAUCACUGCAUGAAACAUGCAUGCAACCACUUUGCAGCUACUGCCUAUCUGUGCUGCAGAUACUCUAGACUGGCUUGCCUCCUUGUCAGUGUUGAAUUUCAAUGAAAGCACUCAAGCACUGCUUUUCUCUUAUUAAUGCAUACACAACUCCAUGCUAUGAAAGGCACUGAGGUCUUUACAAAUGGUUUGUACUUAAAAAAGAAAAGAAAAGUAUUUCAUCUUCAAUUUUAACACCCUAAGUUCAGCUUUCUGUAAUUGCUACUAAUGACCCUGUUAAUAUGACUGAAAAUUGAGCAUCUUAUCUAAUUUCAUAUUUUCCACAAUUCGCUAUGUAAAUAUUGAUUUCCAGUGCAAUGUUUUCCAACAUUCUUAAGCUGGCUUACUUUCUGUUUCAUGAUCCUUGAAUAAUUCUUCCAUAAAAAUAAAUCUCUUAUUUGUAAUUA